GUAAUGAAAUGUGAGCACGACUCAUCUGUCAACGAAGUGCAGGCGAAAAGACUCUGUCGAACAUCAAACAUUUUGUCAACUAAAUAAAAUUUAUUUCCAAUAAAACCAAUAGAAAACACUGCAGAAGAUAUGGCAACGGUAACUGCAGGAGGCUCAUACUCGGAAGAUCAAUUGGCAAAGAAAGUUGACCGUUGUGUUACAGACACAUUAGUCAAAGCUGGUGGAGGUUUUCUAAUUGGUUCGCUAGUAUCGUUGUUGUUCUUCAAGCGAAGAGCUUUCCCACUUUGGCUCGGCACAGGAUUCGGAUUUGGUGUUGGAUACAGAAACUGCGAAACUGCAUUGAAUUCCAAAGAAAAGUUCUAAUCAUCUCUUCUUGAAACCAAUCAAACUCAUUGAAAUGAGAACUAAUAAAAAAAUAUGAUUAGGAAAAUGAAACUAUAAACGAAUAAAACAUCAAAUUGAUAUAAUCAA